AGAAUAUCGCGUCGACUGCGGACUGCUGCAGUCGUAGCGGUAUGUCAUAGCGUUAAGCUUUUCAUCUUCCCGAAGUAAUUUGUAAACAAUAUUUUUCACAAUGGACAUCCACGUAAUGCCGAACAAGGUGAUUAUCCGCCGUUUCUCAAAUAACACGGCUGUUGAUAGCGAGGCUGACCUCACUCCAGAAGAAAGAUGGAGGGUUGAGCAUAUAAAGAUGCAUGAGCAGCAUCGGGGCCAUGAGUCCAUGCACAUGGAAAUGAUGCUCAUUCUUAUAGUUACUGUAAUUGUAAGCGAAGUCAUCCUUAUCACUUGGAAGCAAAGGCAUUACAAGUCUUAUCAGCUUAUAACGCUAUUCGGUAUGUGGAUUAUUCCAUUGGGUAUGUGCAUUAGAAAUCUAUGGUGGAGGUUCAUAUUUUUAUGGCUGGUAUUUUCUUGUAUUACUGGAUUAAUUGUAAGGAAGACUGUCCAACGACCAAUGCAAGGCACAACACCAAGACUAGUGUACAAAUGGUUUUACUUUAUUUACAAAUUAAGUUAUUUUUUGGGAAUAGUUGGUUAUUUUGUUAUGUUAGCUACAUUCUUUGGCUUGAACCUGGUAUUUGAUGUCAAGCCACAAGUAUGGAUGGACUGCGGUUUAUUGUUUCUAUUUUAUGGUCUAUAUUUUGGAGUCCUAGGGAGAGACGUAGCAGAAAUAUGUGCUGAUAAAAUGGCUGCUCACAUUGGAUAUUAUAAUCCUGGAAGCAUGCCAACUAGAACUUUAGAUCCCAAUGUGUGUGCAGUGUGUGGAAACAAAUUGUUAGUUUCUGAACAUGAAGAAGGAGUUUUGGAAAACACAUAUAAGCUUAGCUGUAAUCACGUUUUUCAUGAAUUUUGUAUUCGAGGCUGGUGUAUUGUUGGCAAGAAACAAAUUUGUCCUUACUGCAAGGAAAAGGUUGAUCUGAAGAAGAUGUUCCACAAUCCUUGGGAGAAACCUCAUGUAUUAUAUGGACAGCUUCUGGAUUGGCUCCGGUGGCUAGUUGCUUGGCAGCCAGUCAUCCUGUUUCUAGUUCAAGGCAUCAAUUGGAGUCUCGGACUUGAAAUAAAGGAAUCGUGAGCGCACCUGCAGCUGCAUAAGGCUGUAAAACAUAGACUAUAAAGGAUCUCAGUAAAUAUUCAAAAGAUGAAAAAGUUUUUUCAAUGAGGAAUUUUCAUGAAGAUAUGUGAGGUUUUUUAUAUAUAACAAUCUUAAAAGGUUUAAUAACGAAGCUUAUACAACACAAAAUAUGUGAUAUAAAUGAAUGUUAAAAGAAAAAAAAACACAAAGAACUCGUAAGUCAUCAGUAUAAGAUUACAAAGUAAUGCAAUUACACGCACUUAAUUUUCAAUGAAUUUCAUAACUAAUUUAUUAAUUAAUUCUUUAUAAUUUAUAAGACUUAUUUUUUAUCAAUUUAUUUAUUUUUAUCAUAGAAAAAACAACUUUCAUCACAGGAGUAUAAACACUUUCACAUUUGCAGGCAGGUAACUGCUUCUUUUCAAAUUGUCGGAACUCUCGCGAAUUAUUGUCCAGUUUAUGAAAAAUUGAAAGGCUUUUUGUUGAAUUUUGUUAAAUUCACGGUUGUCCCGACAAAUUUUUGUUAAAAAAUGUAGGACAAUUAUCUAUAGACAUGCAAUGGGCUUGCAUGAGGAUCUUUCAGACGGUUCACGAUUUGACGGGAUAACCUACUAUUCGCCGACAGCUGUAUAUCAUAAAGAAACCUUUAUUUAUUUUUUCGGCAUAUAUAAUCAUGCAACUAAUAUUAAACUUAAUUUUUUGUUUAGAGUAUUUAGCAAAAGUUUAUGUUUUACAGAUUAUGAAGUAAUUAAGUGUCAUAACUUGUUACUAUUUAAACAUAAAAACUAUACUAGACUUUCAAUUGCAACAAUAAGUUUUUAAUGAAAUCGUAGAUCAAACAAUGGAAAUUUUGAUAUUGAAUAAGUGAAAAUGAUGAUUUAUGGUAUAUUAAAUACGUAAUAUAGAAUAUUUCUAACUUUGGUAUAUCGGCGAAAAGUAGAUCGAUAAGGAUAGGUUUAAGGGCAGACAUUCACAAACACAGGGAACUUUUAUAGAUAUAUUUAUUGAUUACUUAGCGUGUAAGAGUAUAGAAUAUAUGUAUACCUUACUUGUUAAAUAUUACAUGGUAAUAUAUAUGUAUAUAUAUAUUCAUAUAUUCAUAUUUAUACCGACGCAUAGUCAUUAAAAUAAACCUGCCGUGUGUUUACACGUGUUUCUUGUGUGUUUCUUUUACUGUGUAACUUUGCGUGAAACGCUGUGGAAUCAUUCAUUUUUAUUUACAAAUUCAUGACAAUAUUAUUAUAAUUAUAUUUACAAAUCUCACGAGUUUUUUUUUUGUUGAUUUCAUGAUGAUUCUUGUGAUUUUUUUUUAAAUUAAUAAUUCUCGAGAAUCUCAAGAAAACAAAAACUCUACGGAACGAGCGUCGAGUAUAUCUUGAUUCAUAAAUUAAAUCUUCCUUUUUAUCUGUACGUAUCGAGUAUAAAAAACUUCGCAGAUUCCUUACCCAUUUAUUUUGCCGAGUAUCACGGUCAAUAAAUGACUUACAAAAUUGAAUGACAAUUCAUUUUUCAUCUCGUACACUCGUCCGUAUGAAAAGUAUAUAUUCCGAUUGGCCGGCAACGUCGCGCGUCAAUGGAAUAAAAUAUAAAUUUAAUUAUACAUUUAGUUAUGUACAAAAGUCGACGUUCUCGGUCAUCCUUAUUAAUUAUAGUUUCGUAUUGACAUACUAAACUCAAACCACUGUGAAUGUUACGUUUAACACAACUGCAUGAAUAUAUAUAUUAAUUUUUAUAUAUGUUCGUUAACUCUUGCACAGCUUUUAUCAUUCAUUUUCAUUCUUUCUCGUGAACUCACGCACAAACGAUUUUCGGUUUCGCUAUUACCGAUUCCCUUUAUUUAUUUCGCACAUAGUUUCAAGAUACUAAUUAAUUAUACGAUAGUUACAAAGUAUUGCUUUUUCGUAGUCGCGUUACGAAACGGCAGCUUUUCAAUUUUUUCAUCUUUAGCCAAAGAAGAAAAGUUCAAAAUUGCCGCCCUCGAACCGCGCGAAAUCAAGGAAAAUUCGAAUAAGCUCCAAAAAAGAAUGAAAUUCAAAUAAUCACGCGAGAACUUGAAAUUUGAGUAACCAUAACAAAAAAGAAAAACUUGUGUAAAAACAAUACAGAAAUAAACAAUGAAUUUUUAAGAUUUACUCUUGUUUCUUUAAAUGAACAAAAGAAAAUAUGUGUAUCUCCAAUAAUAUCCAAGUUCUCGAUUUGAACAAAUAAUUUUACGACUUACAGAAUGUAUUCAGCGAUAAGCAUUUCAUUAAUAUAUGUUUAUUUCUUUGAGUAUAAGACUAAUUUCAUCUGUGUUUUCAAUUUUUAUUUAUUAUAUUUUACUGUUUCUUUUUCUCUCUCCCUUAUUUUUGGCGCUUUAUCAAGAAUAUGACUUGUACGCCUCCGGCCAGUAAAUUGCACGGAUUUUCAAUAAUUUUAAGAUUUAAACAGCAGAUCACUACCUUUCAACAUAAGAUUUAUUAUGCUUGAAUAUUUUUCCUUAAGUGAUGGAGAAGAGAAACAUUUAUAGAACAAAUAUUUUCGCCGCUCAGCGCAAAGAAUGUUAAUAUAUGAAUAAACGUGAAUUUUCUUUAAAAAAUAAAGAAAUUUAUGAGUUUAUCAUCACUUUAAAAAAUAAAGGAAAUUUACGUAAUUCUUCGUAUGUAAUAUAUGAAAAAAUAGAGAAUUUUUAAGCGAAAAAAAAAAUUAUUAGACAAAAAUAAUGAUUAAAAGUGGAAUGCUUAUGAAAAAAAGAACUAAAACGUAGUAGCAAAAUCUACGCUGAUUUAAAUGUUGCGUAUUAGAAUUACACCACAGCUAUUUACGUGUUUUGGAGGAGAUAUGUACAGCGAAUAUAAUGUUUCUUUGUAUUACUGUAAUAAAUUCGCACUCGCAUUUUACCAAAAAAUUAUUCCUCAACCAUUUACUUUUCGCUUAAUCACUGUCGACUAUUUUAAAUACUUUUAAAUGUACGCUGCAGUUAUGAUUAUGUAUCAUUAGCUCAUUGUACAACUACGUGGAACACAACGUGGUGGAGCGACGUGGCUCGCACGUUGGCUCGCGUUCUUUUAAUUAUUAAUUAUUUUUUCACUUUCUAUGGGUUUUUCGGUUCCGGCGCACUUGUGCGCGCACGCGUUUUUUUUUCUAAAGUUUUACUUGCUAUAAACAUCGACGUAUCCUUUUUUAAUUACUUGCUUCUUUUCGCAUUUAUUAAAUUCCACUAAUUUUGCUUAAGACUUUCGGUGAAUUUGCAUUAGGGUGUUGCGAAACACGAGAAAAAAGAGACUCGUUAGUAUUGAACUCAAUGCGGCUCCUUACAUUUAUCGUUAGAAUCUUAUAUUUGUGUAAAAAUAUCUAGAAUAACUCUGAACUUUAGAGUUUAAAUUAAAAAAA